AUGGCUGGUCUUCUGGGGAGGCGGUGCAUGCUGGUUGGGGUGGUGAUGGCUCUGCUGAUGGCAUCUGGUAAGCCUAUUCUCCUCCCCCCACCCCUCCUCCCCUUCUGAUUCAGAGUGGUAGAUGAUCGGACAAGAUGAACAACCAUAUCUCCUAAUUACCAUCAUAACCAUAUAAACUAGUUCAUCAAAAUCGGACAAGGUGAAUAAAUAUAUCCCCUAAUACCCAUCACUAUCAUAUAAACUAGUUCCUCAUAAUCAUUAAUGGGUUAAGUUCUCUUGGGAUCUACAGAUGGCAGAGCGGCGGCAGCGGAGCUGAUGAUCAGGGAGGAGCCUGAGCUGAGAAAUUCUAUUGGCAUGACAAGGAGGAUGUACGCGGAUGGAGGGAGCGAUGAGGCCCACUUGGUUGGCGGCGGGCUGGACGUGCCAGACACCGCCGUGGAGCUGGCAGCGGAGGCGCCGGCGCCGUCCAGUGCAGCGUGCAGCCGCCUGCCAUGGAUGAUGUGGGUGGUGGUGGGGUUGGCCUCCUCCAUGGGACCUUUCCUCGGCUAG